AUGCGUAGUUGGUCAUCGCAUAUAGUUGAACAUAUCGAACCUUUUCAAAAAUGUAUUGAAAAUGUUAUAGAAAAUCUCACAAAAUUUAAUAAUGAAGUGAAAAUUUAUCUAUAUAUUAUAUCGAAUACUCGUCAACGUCGACAAAAUCUAAUCAAUCAAAUUUUGAAUAUUUAUCAAAAUACAUCUAUUGAAAUUCUUAAUCCAUUCGACAUGUCACACACAACGAAUGCGAUUGAAAAGAUGCAAUAUACAUUAGCAGAAUUACUUAUUUUAUCUAAAAUGAAAUAUUUAAUCACAACAUCGAAAUCAACAUUCGGUAUGAUUGCUCAAGGUUUAGCACGUAAAGGUGCUUGGAUAGUAAGACAAGGUGCAAAUAAUGAAAUUCAAUCGGUUGAUUCAAAUCUGUGCAAAUGGGAAUCAACAAGUGAACCCGAAUAUCAAAUGAUGGAUUCGUCUUUAUUUAAGAAUAGUUGUUUGCAAAAUGAAGGUGCAAUGCCAAGUAUUGGAGAGAGAAGAAGUCAAUAA